AUGGCUCCUACGAUCCUUGGGUUGGUCGGCAUCUGGAUAAUCUUCAAACUCCUGCAGGCUCUCUAUAACAUCUCACCAUUGCAUCCUCUGAGCGGUAUUCCUGGACCCAAAUUGGCUGCUGCAACAUACUUGCCAGAGUUUUAUCACGACGUUGUGAGAUUUGGAGGUUACACCAAGGAGAUCAGGAAGUUUCAUGCCCAAUAUGGUCCAAUUGUGCGCAUAAAUCCAAAUGAAGUGCAUUGCAGUGAUGUCGGCUUCGCCGAUGAGAUAUACGCUGUGGGUGGUCGAAAGCGGGACAAGCCUCUGCACCAAAUCAAUGGUUCGGCAGUUGGUCAAUCAGGGUUUGGUACUGUGGAUCACGACCUCCAUCGGCUGCGACGUAUCCCUCUGUCUAAGUUCUUCUCCCGUGCUAUGAUUUCUCAGCUUGAGCCUCAAGUUCAUGGCCUUGUCCAGAAGCUUUGUGACAAGCUGCUUGCACAAGCGGGAGAAGGCAAAGCUUUUGACAUCACCACAGCAUACAGCUGCUUCACAUCGGAUGCAAUUUCAGGCUAUUGUUUCGGUGAAUCGUUCGGUCUGCUGGAUCAAAAGGGCUGGUAUCCCAACUUCCGUGAACCGACUCUUUCGAUCCUCCGGCCAGUCUUCAUCUUUCGCUUCUUCCCAUGGACCAAAGCUAGUAUUGGAUUGGGCAAGUAUCUUGUCAAUUAUAUGCCUAAAGAUAUUGCACUACUCGUGCGUACGCUGCAGAUUGAUCUGCCCAAUCGAGUACUAAAAGCAAAAGCUGAUCUAGAUGCCGGGAUUCAAUAUGAGCGACCUACAAUCUUUGGAUCCCUGCUCCGUUCAGACCUAGAUUUACUUGAUAAAGAGCCACAACGCCUGGCUGAUGAAGCUGCGGCGGUUGUUGGCGCCGGGACUGAGACCACAAGUUGGGCUUUGUCAGUCAUCACCUACCACCUUUUGAUGGCGCCGGCUAUUCUACAGAAACUUACUUCUGAGCUGCAAACUGUGGUGGACAACCCACGGAAAUCGCCACCAUGGCCCGUCCUCGAGACUUUGCCGUACUUGGGCGCUGUGAUACAAGAAGGGUUGAGGCUCUCCUAUGGUGUGUCCAGCCGCACAGCUCGUGUCCCAACCGAGGAAAAUCUUUUAUACCGCGGAGAAUGGAACAAGCGGUCUGUCGAAUACGUACUUCCCCGAGGCUAUGCCAUAGGCAUGUCCGCUUUUGUUACGCAUCAUGAUGAGAGGACUUUCCCAGAAUCAGAGUCGUUUAUUCCAGAACGCUGGUUAGAUGAAAAUAAUCAACGUAGAAAGGAUGUUGAGAAAGGAAUGCUUGCCUUCUCCAGAGGGAGUCGGUCCUGCUUGGGCAUGAAUCUUGCUCUGUGCGAACUCCAUCUAUGUCUUGCGGCUCUGGUACUCCGUGUUAUCCCUCAUAUGCAUCUUUCUGACACGAGCGAGGAUGAUGUUCGAUACCACCACGACAUGUUUGUACCCUGCACCAAGGAUAACAAGGGCGUGCGUGUAGUCAUUGAGAAGGCGCAACAAAAGUCAAAGCGAGAAUGGUUCUUGAAACUUGGGAUCAUUCUUACCGUACGCAAUGCAAGCCGACUGUUCCUUCUUUUAGGUGAAGGCAUUCUCCAGGCUGGCGUUGCUAGCAACUCGAGGUCGCAAAUCCCCCAGAGCAGUACGAUAGUUCAAAUGUCCAUGCCUGGGCAAAUCGAUCCCAAUCAGACACUUAUCUGGCCGGAUGGUCUACCGCUAGCAAUCUUGGUUAUAUCCUCAGCCUUCUGGAUUCUUUCGGCCAUAACUGUAGCUCUUCGUACAUACACUCGAUUGGCCAAGGGAACAUUUGGCCUCGACGAUGCAUUCAUCAUUGCUGGUACUGUUGCGUACACAGCCGCGACCGGCCUCGCAAUAUAUGGUGUCCUUGUUGGCCUGGGAAGGCUUCAGGCAGAUUUGAACGCAUGGCAAAGCGCUGAAGCUCUGGAGUACUACAUUAUAUGGAUAUUGACCUACGUUCUCGCGCUCGCCACAGUGAAGUCCUCGAUUUGCAUUACUAUCAUGCGCAUCGCUUCCACAAAGCUCAACCUUCGCAUCACCGUAUAUGUACUCCUGGCGAUCACCUGGGCUUCGUUCUUCGUCACCUUUGUCGGCACCCUUACAUACUGUCGUCCCGUACAAGCUAUCUGGAUGCCUCAACUCAUCAUCAGCGGGAAAGCCACUUGUGCGCCAGUGGACACCUUCGUUGUCAUUGGCCACGUCGCAACAGUUUCGACAAUUGUCACAGAUCUAGCUCUUGUUGUUGUUCCGGCUAUCAUAUUAUGGAAUACGCAGAUGAAGAAACAGGCAAAGCUACAAGCAUUUGGCCUGCUUUCCUUUGCUUCGGUUGCAUCUAUCAUCACGAUGGUUCGUAUACCUUAUGUCAACAAAUUUGAAGGGCUAACAGACCUACAAUUCUGGGUAGCGCACACAAUGCUAUGUUCGAACAUUGAAACUGGGGUAGCAUGCAUCGCUUCUUCAGUGCCCUCAUUGCGGAAGUUUCGACAGGAACAUGGUGGCAGCAGCUCAGGUCCCAGCAAACGAUCAGUGCCACAACGCCCUAGUUUCUUCACCGUUGGCAGCCAGCCACAACGUGGAGCUUUUAGCCUGAACAGUGCGCAUGAUGGAACGUCGGACGAGGAUUUGGAGAGGUUACACGAUGGCUCAUCCGAUCGAAGUCAGGCUCCUUUUGCGCCUCAAAACAGACAAGAUAAGCAAGGGUUUGAUUUCGAGCUGAAAGACUUGCAAGAUGAGCAGAGUAUAUACCACACAGGCGUAUCCGCUAGCCGGACAUCAAAUCAUUGA